CUUCCCACUGACCACCAAUGUAAGGGACAUUCUUCCCACUGCCCACUAACACAUUUUUCUAAGUGAAUCUUAUGUGAAAGCUGAGUGAAUGUUGGGUAGAAAUAAAUAGCUCUCAUAUGCACUGCAACUAAAAGACAUGUGUAAGCCCCAUGUAGUAUAUGGAUAUUUUAUGAUCAUCAAUAGCAAUUCUUGGUCCUAUUCUCCCCGGACGUGUAUUUCAUUGACAUUAGAUGAGACCAACUCAUAGGCAUAAAUAAACUCCUGUCAGUCUGUGGCAAGUGCGGCUGCGCGCCGAACUACGUCUCCCGGCAUGCCCGGGUUCUUGUAAGCUGAGAAGAGACGGUUGAUUGGCGGAUAAACUAAGAUGGUUUGUGAUUGGCCAGAUCCGCAGAAGGUGCUUAUUGGUGGAGGAAUGAAGACGUGUUGGGAUUGGACGAGACCGAAGAAGCGGCUUGUUUGGUUUCCAGGUAGACGGUGAAUGCAUGCAGUGGCGGUUGCAGGAGCGGGCUGAAGAGUGAAUUUUGCUGGAGUGAGCUAUGGAUCGUACUCCACGCCAGGAGACUCGGGGAGUCAGGUACAGAACACCCCAGACCCCAGAGCCCUCCAUAUUGUCCAGCCUUGCUUCUCACCAAGUAGAUUCUACCCCUCUACCUCCCAUAAAUGAGCGCUUGGCAUACCUCCGCCCAUCCCGUGAGUUGCUGGAGUAUUACCGUAAGAAGAUCGCAGAGUUUGAUGAGGAGCAUGAAGAGUUGACAAAGAAGUUGGAGCAAUACAAAUCCACUUAUGAAGAGCAGCACAAGCUGCAAUGGGAGAUGCGUCAGCGGGACGAGGAGAUUUCAGAGCUACAAAAGGCUCUCAGUGACAUGCAAGUCUAUCUAUUUCAAGAGCGUGAGCAUGUGUUGAGACUGUAUUCGGAGAAUGACCGGCUUAAAAUCAGAGAACUGGAAGACAGAAAGAAAAUCCAACAGCUCUUGGCUCUGGUUGGAACCAGCAGUGGGGAAAUCACUUAUUUCCACAAGGAGCCUCCAAACAAGGUCACCAUACCACAGCGCAUUGUCCAGUCAGGAGAUCCACAUGAGAGGAAAGAACGUGCAGGUCGCUUGGGAACAUCUACAAAAAAGGGCCAACUUAGACUGAACAUAAAGGCUGACAGAAAUCAGUUGCACGAAAAGCCAGAUGACCAGACUCUUCUGCUGCAGGUGGAGGCACUGCAGGCCCAGUUGGAGGAGCAGACCCGUCUCUCCAAAGAGCAGGUAGAAUCAUUGCUGGAUGACCGGAGGAUCCGUAUGGAGGAGGCUCAAGUGCAGCAUCAGAGGGACCAGGACAAAGUCAAAGAAUUGACAGAGAAGUUGAACAAGACUCAGAAGCUCCUCUAUGAGAGCACCAGGGAUUUUUUACAGCUAAAGUUUGAAGGUCGCGCCAACGAGAAGUCCUGGAUGGCAGAGAAGGACCGACUUUUGCAUGAACUCGAUCGUUGCCGGGAGCAGCUGACGAUAAGCUGUGACCCAGAUCGUGAGAAAGAGCAGGAGAUGGUAAUCUUUAGACUGUCACAGUCUGAGAAAGCAGCUCGGACAUCGCGGAGUGAAGAAGUCAAGAGCCUCACAGAACAGCUCACACAGGCUCACCGGCUGGCAGACAUGUACCGAGAGCAGUGCGUGGCCCUGGAGGACGAGCUGGCAAAGAUCCGGGAGGAAGGGGACGUUGGACGGGAGAUAUUCAAGGAACGUUCUGACAAGGUCGCCAAACGUCUUCAGCUUAUGACCCAGCGCUAUGAAGCUCUGGAGAAACGUCGCAACAUGGAAGUGGAGGGAUUCAAAACAGACAUUAAACUUCUCCGCCAGCGGCUGCGAGAUGUGGAAAAGCAGCUUUUCAAGGUCACUCUGAACAUUGGACCUGACCAGGAUCUGGCCAUUCUUGGUGCAGUACGCCAGGGAAACAAGCGUACGCACAGACUCCAGGGAGAACUGCGCAACUUGAAGGCAAAGAUCUAUGGCCUGGAGAACGAGCUUCGGAUUGGUUAAAUAGAGUGGUCCGGCAAAACAAAGGAUUUUCACAAAAACUGUUCAAAUAAGCCACUGCUUUACAACAUUCACUGUGGUUUGUUCAGAAGAGGUUUCUUUCAUGAAGAGUUUGCAGUUAUGAGUUGUUUGAGUUGCCUAUCAUUCUGAAAAUGCAAAGGGCCACCUAAUGGGCAAGAUAACUUUUCAGCCCAGCAUUUUGAUAUGCAGUGUGUCUUUGGGUUGUCGGCUGGUCCACCAAACAGUUUUGAAGAAGACCUAAACUCUAUAAAACUGUGUUUAAAUAGAAAAGAAAACCAUUAAAGUGGUUGUAAGCCCAGAAAAAAAUCCUUAUAAAAGGAUUAUUAAUUUGUCUAACAAGA